CUGAGCGAGCGUGUGAGUCGAGCAAGAGAGAAAGAGAGUCCUGCUAGCUUGUCCUUGCCUGCUUUUUACAAACUGCUUCCACGCUCGAGCAAACUCAUCACCACACUCAUUGUGUCAUAGAGUACCUUGAAAUUCGUCAAUCCUGGUCAAGAAACACAUAGAAUCAGCGAAAAAACCAAGAGAACCUGUACUGUGUAUAGGCGAAGGCUACCUCAAAGAUUAGUUUCUCCCGUAGUCUAUCACUUCUCGUCCGCUAGAAGAAAGUUCCGAGGCUCACUCCUUGAUUCUAAGCUUUUCGCAGCUUUCGUGCAGUCAUGGCAGAGGUUGUAGGAGAUGGAUCCUUGGAUCACAAAGGAAAUCCCGCCAUCAGGUCCGCUACCGGCGGAUGGAAACGAGCCGUUCUGGUCUUCGGACCGGAGCUCUGCGAACGAAUGACGACGCUGGGUGUUGCCACGAAUCUGGUGACUUAUCUCACCAACGAUCUGCACCUCUCCAACACCAAAGCUCCAAACAUCGUCACGAACUUCCUGGGUACUUCUUUCAUGUUGUGCCUUCUGGGAGGAUUCAUAGCCGAUACUUACAUCGGCCGGUUCUGGACGGUCGCUAUCGCCGCAACAAUCCAGUUCCUGGGAAUGCUUGUUCUCACCAUUCUCACCUCACUUCCAUCACUGAGGUCUCCUCACUGCGUCCACGACUGCCCUCCCGCGAAAGCCAAGCAGCUCAGCCUGCUCUAUCUCGCGCUCUACCUCUCCGCACUGGGAACCGGCGGCAUCAAGUCCAACGUCUCUGCAUUCGGAGCCGAUCAAUUCGAUAAGAACGAACCGAAGGAGCAGAAGCUCAUGUCUUACUUUUUCAACUGGUUCUUCGUUUCCAUCUCGGUGGGAGCUCUCUUCUCCCUCACUGUGCUCGUCUACAUCCAGGACAACGUCGGCAGAGGCUGGGGAUACGGCAUCUGCGCUGCUGCCAUGCUGCUCGCCAUCGUCAUUUUCCUGGCCGGCACUCGCAUGUACCGCUACAAGGCACCGUCAGGAAGCCCCUUAACUCGCAUCGCGAAAGUUGUCGUAGCCGCUGUCAGGAAGCACAAGCUGGAGCUCCCCCGGGACCAAAGUUCUUUGUAUGGGUCACUUGGCCCUGGCAAAGACGCUGAAGAUCCAGCCACCGACCAGAGCGCCAGGCACACUAAUCAAUUCAGGUUCCUCGACAAGGCCGCGGUUCUAGAACCCAGCGACGACGAGAUUUACGACGAGAAUCCAAAGCCAUGGAGGCUGUGCACUGUAACACAGAUCGAAGAAGUCAAGAUGGUGCUUAGAUUACUCCCAAUCUGGGCCACCACCAUCACCUUUUACACAGUCUACGCUCAGAUGCUCACCUUCUCGGUCGUCCAAGGCUCCAAGAUGGACAGAAAGAUGGGCAGCUUCCUCUUCCCGUCAGCGUCCUCGGCAGCGUUCCUGUUCGCGACCAUCAUGGUCACAGUCACGGUCUAUGAUCGCUUCAUCGUACCUCUGAUGCGAAAGCUCACGGGCCAUCCUCAAGGAAUCACGACACUGCAGAGAAUCGGCGUGGGUCUGGUGGUGGCGAUCCUGGCGAUGGUGGUGGCUGCCACGGUCGAGAGGCGACGAGUUAGAAUCGCGAGAGAGAACAAGCUACUCGACUCACCCGACGUGCCGGUUCCAAUGAGCGUGCUGUGGAUCCUCCCACAGUACGUGCUGGUUGGGAUAGGUGAGGCCUUCACUUACAUUGGGCAGUUGGAGUUCUUCUACCGCGAAUCGCCGGAUGGGAUGCAGAGCCUGGGAGUGGGAUUGUUCCUCAGCACCAUCUCGCUAGGGUUCUUCCUCAGCAGCUUUCUGGUAUCGGUGGUGGACAGUGUCACCAGGGGCGGCGGCAGUGGCGGAUGGAUCGUCAAUAAUCUGAAUCGCAGCCGACUGGAUGAUUUCUACUGGCUGCUGGCGGUGGUGUCGUCUGUGAAUCUGGUGCUCUACCUCAUCUGUGCGAGAUGGUACAAGUACCGCCGAGCUGUAUCACAUUCUACAGGCACUAGCGCACAUUUCUGAGACACCUCACAUUCAACUCACUUUAUUAAUAAUAUGAAAAGAAAGAAAGAAAAAAUUUAAGUAUCAUAGCACCUAAUAAAACUUUAAUACUUUUAAGCA